ACUGCGGUUUGUGGUAUCUAGGUCAACGCCGAGCUUCCUGCAUUAGCCUCGACGGAUCGAAUUCAAUUCUCUCGCCGAGCCCCUGUGUUAUUUCGAUGAACAAAGAUUGGGGACCUUCGUUCCAGUGAACAAACUCUUUUCCGGAGUGGGCUGCAGUCUUUGGAAAUCUAACCCUCUGUUGACUACGGAAAAAAACACGACAAUGGACAGUGAGCGGAUAAAUGGGGAAGCGAUGGAUUCCGGCAACGCAGAAUCGGGUUUGACGAGCUAUGAAAGAAAUCUGUAUCUCUACCACGAGGAAAAUCCUGAACGUCCCAGGGUCGCCACUUUGUUGAGCAGCUUGGCGAACUACGAUGCAGCUAUCCCCGCCAAUCCGGGGGAGGACCCGCCACCUGCUACGAAGAAGGCCAACCUCGGAACGAUUGCGGGAGUGUAUUUCCCGUGCAUUCAGAACAUCUUCGGAGUGAUUUUCUUCAUUCGGCUCGUCUGGAUCGUCGGCACGGCCGGAGUGCCCGUCGCAUUCGUGGUCGUCUUUCUGUGCUGCUCUGUCACCUUCACCACCUGCAUCUCACUAUCGGCUAUCGCCACGAACGGAAUCGUACCUGCGGGAGGCUCAUACUUUAUGAUCUCCCGCUCUCUCGGACCGGAAUUCGGAGGCGCCGUCGGGAUCUUGUUCUAUCUCGCGACGACAGUUGCAGCGGCCAUGUACGUGACCGGAGCCGUGGAGAUUUUUCUCAACUAUCUGUGUCCCAACCUCCAACUCUAUGGUAAAUUCUCGGACUCGGACUCUGUGAUAUACAACAACUACCGCACUUACGGCACUGCACUCCUGAUCAUCAUGACGUUCGUCGUGUGGAUAGGCGUUGCGUUCGUCUCGAAGCUGGCCCCGAUCGCUCUCUUCUGUGUCCUGGCAUCCAUCUUGUCAGUGUUUGUUGGGGCCUUCGUCAACUUCAAUGGAAACUCGAACCUCAUGUACUGCCAGCUCGGAGAUCGUAUAAUAUCAAACAAUGGAACUUUCAACUGCACCGAAGCUGAGAUAAAACCGAUGUUCUUCGACAACAAGACCGGAAUGUUUGAUGAUUACUUCCUCAAGAACAGAGGAAGGAUCCAGGAGGUCGCCGCCUAUCCGGGACUCGGCAGUGGUGUUUUCAAAGAUAAUGUCCCAAUCAGAUUCAAGACGAAAGGCCAGGUUAUUUCGAGAAUCGAUGAUCCGAAAGUUUUCGACGGUGAAUCGGACAACAAAUUCAUUUACGUGGUGUCGGAUAUUACGACGAGUUUCACUUUCUUCGUCGCUAUCUUUUUCCCCUCAGUGACUGGUAUAAUGGCCGGUUCAAAUCGUUCUGGAGAUCUCGCCGACGCUCAAAAGUCAAUACCGGUGGGAACCUUGGCUGCGCAAAUCACAACCUCUAUCGUGUACCUAGCCGGCGUGUUCCUUUUCGGAUUGGCGUUCGAUAACACAUUCAUCAGAGACAAAGUCGGAGCAAGCGUCGGAGGUCAGUUGGCCGUGGCGCAGUUGGCCUAUCCCGAUCCAAUGGUGGUCGUUGUUGGUUCUCUACUCUCAACAAUCGGAGCUGGUCUUCAAUCCUUGACAGGUGCUCCUCGUCUCCUACAGGCCAUUGCCAAAGACGGCGUCAUUCCUGUGCUCAACCCGAUGGCAGUAUCUUCCUCGAGAGGCGAGCCCGUUCGCGCGCUCCUCUUGACGGCGUUCAUUUCGGAGCUUGGGAUCCUCAUCGGGAAUCUGGAUUACAUUGCGCCCAUCUUGACCAUGUUCUUCCUGAUGUGUUACAUGUUUGUCAAUCUGGCCUGCACUCUACAGUCGCUCCUGCGAACCCCCAACUGGCGGCCGCGAUUCAAAUACUAUCAUUGGUCGUUGUCUCUCGUGGGAGCUUUGCUCUGUCUUGUGGUCAUGUUCCUCUCAUCUUGGUACUAUGCACUGGCCGCCAUGGCUAUCGCCGGCAUCGUCUACAAGUAUAUUGAAUACAGAGGUGCAGAGAAAGAGUGGGGCGAUGGAUUGCGCGGAUUGGCGCUCUCAGCGGCAAGAUUCUCCCUGCUACGUUUGGAGGAGGGUCCUCCCCACACGAAAAACUGGAGACCACAGGUUCUGGUGCUGUGUAAGCUGGACAACGACUACAUGCCCGAGCACCGAAAAAUGAUCACGUUCGCCUCUCAACUCAAGGCCGGCAAGGGUCUAACAAUUGUAGCCUCAGUUCUCGAAGGUGACUACCAGAAGAUGGCUGCCGAAGCUCAGGCAUCCAAACAGAGUCUGAAACGCGUCAUUCGAGAAGAGAAGGUCAAAGGCUUCGCUCAAGUCGUCGUCAGCACGAAUGUCGUAUCAUCUAUCGGCCAUAUGAUCCAAACGGCGGGUCUCGGUGGCUUGAAACACAACACUGUCGUUCUGGGAUGGCCGUACGGUUGGAGGCAGAGUCCCGACGACAGAGCAUGGAAAGUUUUUAUCGAAACAAUUCGAAAUGUGGCUUCGAGCAAAAAUGCCCUUCUCGUACCGAAGAACAUCCAACAGUUCCCGUCGAACACCGAGCGAGUCAAGGGAACUAUCGACGUCUGGUGGAUAGUCCACGAUGGUGGCUUGUUGAUGCUGUUGCCGUUCUUGUUGAAACAACACAAGGUAUGGAAAAACUGCAAGCUCCGCAUCUUCACCGUCGCCCAACUCGAGGACAACUCUAUCCAGAUGAAGAAGGACCUGGCCACGUUUUUGUACCAUUUGCGUAUUGACGCCGAGGUUGAAGUUGUCGAAAUGACGGGGACUGAUAUCUCAGCCUAUACCUAUGAGCGAACAUUGAUGAUGGAACAGCGAAGCGAGAUGCUGAAACAUCUUCGUCUCAACAGACGGGAAACUCUGAGCGUGGUUCAAACCAUUAUGGAUAAUCACCAUCAGGCAGGCCAAGGACACACCAGCAAAGUUCGUUUCAACGAAGCUGGCGAGAGUCACGAACUCGUCGACGUACAAUCGCUCCAAAUCAGCGCCGGUGAUUCUGCAACUGGUUCGAGACGUAGCUCAGCUCACUCCCAAUCGGCUGCCGAAUCAACGACCCCGAACAAGGACACGAGCAAAUCACCGGCUGCAGCGUCUCCUGUUCAACCAUCGACACCAGCCCAGAUCACGUCACCGUCCUCGCCGCAAAAUCCGGCGGAAAAAUCGCCCGAAGCCCUCGACACUCUGCUCAAAAUCAAGCCGGACGAAGCCAACGUCCGCAGAAUGCACACCGCUGUGAAGCUCAAUGAGGUGAUAGUGGCCAAGAGUCAUGACUCUCAAUUGGUCAUUAUCAAUCUCCCCGGGCCUCCAAAGAUCCAACGCGGCGAAGAAAAUUAUAUGGAGUUCCUCGAGGUUCUCACCGAAGGACUCGAACGAGUUCUCAUGGUGAGAGGAGGCGGUCGGGAAGUGAUUACAAUCUACUCCUAGAUGUCUCUGAAUCGAAAACCCCAUCGUCCAGCUCGACGAAUAUUCCACCAUCAACUACUUUUACCAUCGCUAGGACUACCUUAUCACUGUCCUUCAUUCCGCUGCUGCCAAAACGCAUCUGAGAGUCGAGCCAGAGGAACAGUGCCAUUGAUGUUCAUUGAGUAAGACCCACCUACCCGAUCGGAUUCCAAGGGAUUGCGAGACUCCAAAAUAAUUCGCUUGCUCUUUUGAACCUCCGUCUCGGUCGGUCAGCGAGGAGCCGACGGAUCAAGCAGAAUGAAAAACAGUGAUCAGAUGACAAAUCAUCUUCCCAUGCUGAUUGGUUAUUGGAAUUUCAUGACGACGACGACGUCGCAAAAACUCCAAGAAAUUGCUGGAAGUACUUCUUGGGAAGCUGAUCUUCUUAUCGACUAAAUAGCAGUCGAGGGACGGAAGUUUUCCCCGGUGAGACCCAGCGAUGGUGAAGCGC